AGACAGAGUUGGCGGAAGCUACUCUUGAACCCAACCGCUUCUCUCGCAGAGGUGUGUGCUGUUAAACAGGUCUCGUGUUGGUCUGUAACCCGGGGACAACAGGACGUAGAAAGCAGGGAGUAGAGAGAAGAGAGAGCGCGUGGAAAGCAGAAAAAUGCCACACAAUUUCCAGCCAGGGGACCUAGUGUUCGCCAAAAUGAAGGGAUACCCCCAUUGGCCAGCUCGGAUUGAGGAUGUAGCAGAGGGGGCCGUGAAGCCUCCUCCUAAUAAGAUCCCCAUCUUCUUCUUUGGGACCCACGAAACUGCAUUCCUUGCGGCGAAGGACCUCUUUGCCUACGAGAAGGGCAAAGAACGAUUCGGGAAACCAAACAAAAGGAAGGGCUUCAACGAGGGACUGUGGGAAAUCGCAAACAACCCGCAUGCCUCGUACAGUGGGCCCCCGGGGGCCAGCUCCUCUGACAGUGAUGAAGGAGCCAAUGAAAACGCAGGAGGGAGUGAGGGUGAGGAGGAGGAAGACGAGGAGGAGGAGGAGGAGGAGGAAGUGGUGGUGCCCAGGAAGGCAGACUCAGGAAGUGAUGUCGAUUCUGACUCUGGAAGCGAAGACCAAAGAAGAGGAGGAGGAGGAGGAGGAGGAAGAGGAAGAGGUGCAGGAGGUGGAGCAGGACGAGGAAGAGGAGGAGGAGGAGGAGGAGUAAAGAGGAAGGCCCCUGCCCCUGCCCCUAAGCGGCCGCCACAGAAGCGAUCGCGCGGAUCCUCCAGCGAGAGGGACCGGGAGGACAGCGGCUCUCCCUCCGAGCCAGAACCUUCUGCCGGCUCAGACUCCGGCGAGGACAGUGACCAGGACUUCACCCCGGAGAAGAAGCCUGUGGCUUCAGGAGGAAAGAAAGCAGUGGCCAGAGGCAGAAAAAAGAAGCCGGCUUCAGAUUCUGACUCUGACUCGGGGUCUGGCUCAGAGAGGGCUCAAAGGAGCGAUUCGGAGGAGGACCAGAAGCCGCGGCCGGCGCCCACUGGAUCCGAGUCACAGUCCAGCUCCAAUUCCGAUUCCGGGUCCGACCCACCGCCUCGGAAGACCCCCCAGGGGCGCAAGAAAGCCGCAGAGAAGCCGGCCCCAAAGCCUCGUGCACGCAAACCCAAACCGGCCCCGGCCAGACGGUCCCCGUCGUCCUCGGACAGCGACAGCGACAGCGAGCCGGACCGCAUCAGCGAGUGGAAGCGUCGGGACGAGGAGCGCCGCCGGGAGCUGGAGGAGCGGAGGAAGCGGGAGGAGGCGGAGGAGCUGAGGAGGCUCCGGGAGAGGGAGAAGGAGGAGGAUCAGAACAGGAAGAAGGAGAGGGAGAAGGGCGGAGGGAGGGGCAGCGGCAAGAGCAGCGGCAGGAGCAGCGGGAGCGGCAGCAGCUCGGACGACGAACCGGACGACCACCCCUUAAAGAAGAGCAAGAAGCCCCCGCCUCCACCCAUCCCUGCCCCCUCCGACUCGGACUCUUCCCCUCCUGCUGAGGUGAAGAAACCCGCCAAGCGCCCGGACAGCCAGAAGAAAGAGCGGUCAAGGAAAGAGAAGGAAAUCAAAGCUAAAAAAGAGAGAGCGCUGAAAGAGAAGAAGGCUCGGCGGAAAGAGCAGAAGCCUCGUUCAAGGCCCAAGCCCGAGGCGACCAAGCGGAAGGCGGAGAGAGCCCCGGAGAAACGUGCGGAGAAGAAAAAAGAGCUGUCCCCAGAGGAAAAGCUGCAGAAACUCCACUCAGACAUCAAGUUUUCACUCAAGGUCGACAAUCCAGACAUUGAGCGCUGUCUGCAGGCCUUGGAAGACCUGGGGUCAGUGCAGGUAACCAGCAAUCUCUUACAGAAGAACGCCGACGUGAUCGCCACACUCAAGAAGAUCCGGAGGUACAAGGCCAGCAAUGCGGUGAUGGAAAAGGCCAGCCAGGUCUACAACAAACUGAAACUGCAGGUUCUGGGCAAACCGGACGCCACGCCGAAACCUGAGCCUGACUGCAAGGCCCAGGAAGGGGACAGAAAAGAGCAGCAAAACGCAGAUACAACACCUGUGAAUGGAGAGUCAGAGUCUCAAGAUAAAGAAGACAGCCAAUCAGCAUACAUUACCAAGUCACCUGACCAGGAUAAUAAUAAGGACCAUGAAGCCUCACCCCACAACAGCCCAGUGAGCCCAGCUGAGGAGCCGACGCACUCUGAUGAUGUCACAGACCCACCGUCCGCAGAGAGCUGAAGGAAGCGGAGUCUCGAGAGUAAAAUAGUUCACAGCAAAUGAACUGAGAGAGCUCUAACCGACUCUAUCCCGGCGCUGUGCCGACGUCGACCUUUUUAUCAAUUUAUACAUUUUCUUUCGUUCGGACUUUUAUACAGCACCUGCAAGCCCCUUCCCCUUUCUUUGUCCUCGUUAUCAGCUUCGAGCCAGCGGCUCCCCUUCACGUUGUAUAUAAAUUGAGGGGAUGAGUACCGAGCACUUUUGACUUUUGAGAGAACGUGCGAGAGAUGAAGGGAGCUGUGUCAUGAAUGUCUCGGUCUUUACUGUUCCAGUUGUGCUGUUACAGCACUCCUGCCAAUGUGUGAGGAGUGUCUCUGUUGACUAUGUCAUAAGAAAAAAGAAAAAAAAAACUCUGAAGGAGUAAAGGUUUGUUUGGACCAUAUGGAAUGGAUUUUGAACAUUUCUUUAUUGUGAGCUUUGUCUUUGUCCUUUAAAUAUUACUUUACUAUUUUUAAAGGCUGGUGGUUGUUACACAGUCCGUUCUGACCAUGAAAGCAAGCUGUUAAGUACACCUAGUUUCUCUAUGUUCAUAUUAUUGCCAUUUACUGCAUUACUCUUCCUUUCUACAGAAUGCUUGUUGUUUCUGGUUUUCCUUUCUUCUCACCAAUCAACUGGAGCAUUAUUGAAAUUUGCUGGAUUUUCUUUUCUUUUUCAAAAGUGGUGUUACUGCUAUAUAACGCUGAUACUUUUAAACAAUCACUAGGUGCAAAUUGAAUAAAAAAAUGUCAGUAUGGUAGUCCCAGUACUGGACUGAGUACCAUUUAAACAUUGAAA